AUGGCCACAUACGAUAAUAAAGCGUGGCUCUUAAAAAAUGUACGCGAUGCCUUCAUUGCUACUGAUGAUACCGGUCUUUGUGAAAUUGUUAUGGCAGGUGAAGAUUUCUCAAAAAUAUUUCAAAAUAAAGCUAUGGAAGAGAAAAAACGAGAACGUGAUAAGACUUUAUAUUUACCUAGCACUAGUAAAGAAAAAGAAUCCGGCACAGAUGACGAAGAGGACAAAGAAGUCGUGACUCAAUUCGAUCCAUAUCCUGAUAUGGAAGACAGUGAUGAAGAUGAACCAUGCCCUAGUUACCCACGCUUUCCAGAUGAUAUGGCUCACAGGCAAAGAUCAAACACAGCGCAGUGGUUAGAUAAGAAAGAACUAGCUUUAAAAAAGGCAGCUAAAAUUAAAGUAAUCAAAUGGGAGGAUCCAACAACAAAACUUACACUUGAACAAUUGGCUGAAGCUUUUGCAAGAGUUGAAGUAAAAAAACCUGAAAAGAAAAAAUCCUUAUUAACAGAGCAGUUGGAGAAAUGUCCAGACCUUCCCCAUCGUCAAUAUCUGGAGUAUGCAAAGUUUGAUGGCACAGCACAAUUAGGACUUCCAACUAAGUCGUUUAAGAUUUUCAUGACCAUGCUCUCAGAAAAACAUCAGAACUAUCCAUUAAUUGUGUGUGUUAUUGCAAAUGCAAAGAUAAAAGAUCUAAUAGGUUUUACGUGCUAUAAAUACAGCAUAGACCAUCCUGAGAUAACUCUUGGAUCAGUGCAUGAGUAUGGACUUUGUAUAGCAGAAGACGAUGGGGAAGUUGACUGGGCAUUCCCUUGUCUUGACAACAAUGAACCUUGCUCUAAAUUUGGAUUCACUUGCCUUGGACUGAUAGAUUUGAAGAAAAAAGAUAAUAUAAUUGUAUCAACACCAAUCCCAGAUUUUGAAAUGAGCUCAGCAUUCCAUUGUUUUCCUAAAGCCUCAGUAUCUGGACAGAGCCAUGUGAAUACAUCCAGACAACAUACAGGCAAUAGCGACACAUCGGAAAUAAUAAGAGCCAUGAACACAGUCAAUGAAGGUAACAAAAGUUUUGGACUCCAAUCAAGUGCAGUAACUGAUGCUUCUCAAGAGAAAUUAUACCGAGUGCAAUUGCUACAUAAAGUGCGUGCCAACACACCGGUCCAGUUGUGCAUAACACUAGACACUAUAGAGGUGGUGCCACUUGUUACAAAUAAACAUGCAUUCUGGGCUCGGCCAAAAUAUUUCUUGCACAGCAUGAACUCAGUGGCAUGGUGUCAAAUACUAGAGGCAAAGAGUAAUAAAACUACCUUCAGAAUAGUCUAUUCGCCAAACCAUGAUAGUACAUUUACUGAUAGAAACGCUCCAGCCAAUGUCAAUCUAUAUUAUCCAAACAUAGUGUAUAAGAAACACGAUUUUGAAACUGAGCACGAAACAGCCAGAAAAAUUGUCGAGAAAGUGAACACAAUCCUCGAUCUACGAAACAGUCCGUGUCGCCGAGAAUACAAGACUGUCAAAGAAAAAAAACUCCAAUCGAGAAGAAGUUUCCACACAAAGCACUUGAGU